CCUGGGAGACGAAGUGGCGUAGCUUGGAAUCCGGAAGUGGUAGAAGGUGUAUGCUAAUGUUUCAGUUGUUUUCUGUAUUACCAGGUUAGCUAGGUUAGCUAACGUACUCGUUGUAAUCAAAAUGGGACUGUUCGGAAAAACACAAGAUAAACCACCAAAAGACUUGGUAAGUGAAGGCUUCUGGUGAGGGGCGACGCGAGCUUGACAGCUAGCCAAACAACUCAUUCUAAGCUAGCUACAGUACCUAGCAGCUAGGCUAGCUUGCUCUGUUUAUUUAUGGUACUGUAGCUAGGGCGACGUUUAUCCUCUCCUCAUGACCUCCGUCGUAUUUAAACUUGAAUCAAAAAACGUUGUAUUGUAAUGUAGCUAGCUAACGUUUACUAAGGCAGUUUACGAGUUAGCUAACGCUAGCCAAUGGUUGCGAACAUUAGCAUUUGAGUUUGAUUGUUUGCCACACAGUAGCUAACCCUAACUUGCUAGCUAGCUUGUUGUGGCCUUCAAUAUAAGUGCUUGUUUGCUAGCUACUUGUAUUGGAAGAAUAUGUAGCCUAUAUUUACAAACUUUAUUCCCCAAAAUGCAAUGGCUAGUUGCUGGCCUGUUGCUCAUUUACACGGUAGCAGCAGCUAGCUAGCAGCCAGCACCAUCCUCUGAUGUAAACAAACGACCAGAAAUCUAACGUCACUUUUCAUGGUUCUGUCUCAAAUGUACACCGAAGAAGAAAAAAGUAUUGUUUACACGACAUUUCCUUAAGCUUGACAGUGAAUGACACGUCUGAUUAAUGUCAUAUUUGACUUAGUGAUUUGCUAAAGCUUAAUUCACUUUUUUUUUCUAUCAUUGAAGGUAAAUGAAUGGUCACUCAAAAUCAGGAAGGAGAUGAGAGUGAUUGACAGACAAAUUCGAGGUGAGAAGAAGUACUUUAAGGCUACCUUAUGUGAAGCCUAGUCCAAUGUUGGUUUAAGAAUGCCAGAGAGCAAAUCAUUUUCAAUACGAAAACAAUACACUAUAACAUUAUAAAUACCAAGGAAAUCUGCUGUCAAACUUCUGUCAUAAUGUUCUACAUUAGUUUGUUAUAUUACAUUAUAUUAGCAGUCUCUCAUUGUUCCUCUCCUAUCUCAGACAUUCAGAGGGAGGAGGAGAAGGUAAAGAGAUCCAUCAAAGAUGCUGCUAAAAAGGGACACAGGGACGUGUGUGUGGUUCUUGCAAAAGAGAUGAUACAGUCGAAGCGUGCAGUCAGCAAACUUUAUGCCUCCAAAGCCCAAAUGAACUCUGUACUUCUCAGCAUGAAGAACCAGCUUUGUGAGUGUGAAGGAAACUACUGAUGUAGCACCACCAGCUACAAAAUGCCCAGGAUAAGUUCAGUUGAUGACAAAUUAAUAGAAAUGCUUUGUAACUCUGGACGCUAGUAGGGGUGCAUAGUUUUUUCUGGUCAGGUCAAGUCAUGGCCCUAAUAUGAAUAUGUACGUGUUACAUUACGAAGGGGUGGUGUCUGGUGUGUGACUGCUGUUAUUUUUCCAGCUUUAUUGCGUGUAGCUGGCGCCCUUCAGAAGAGCACAGAGGUCAUGAAAGCCAUGCAGAGCUUAGUGAAGAUCCCAGAGAUCCAGGGCACCAUGAGGGAGCUGUCCAAGGAGAUGAUGAAGGUCAGUCGCAUAUCCGCUGACUCACUGUGGCCGCUUUGUUACUGUUGGGAACAUAAAUCGAUCACUGCUCAUGUCUAUUGCUGCUGCGUCACGUACCAGUGUGUAGCCCUCUUUAGAGACUCGGGGAAGCUGUCCAGUUUUUAACCACUGCUACGAUCUGAAGCUACAAACAUACAAUUCAUAUAACCAACAAUAUUAUGCACUGUUUAAAUGUAUAUUGAAGAAUAACAAUGUUUAAAUUAAUAAAUACUGUUUGAGUAUUGAUAUAACCUUUUGGUGUUUAUGUCCCACAGGCUGGUAUCAUAGAGGAGAUGCUGGAGGAUACCUUUGAAAGCAUGGAGGAUGAUGAUGAGAUGGAGGAGGCAGCGGAGGCAGAAGUUGAUAAGAUCCUCUUUGAGAUCACAGCAGGUAAAGACAGUCCCUCUGGUAAUGAAACUGGUCUCAAACAGUUGUGUGGGGCUGUAAAUUAUCACCUGUCUGGCAGGGGCUGAGGGUAAAAAAUAAAAUGUUGUACAUGGUGGUUUGUUCCAUUUUAGGUGCCCUUGGCAAAGCGCCCAGCAAAGUCACAGAUGCCCUGCCUGAAAUGGAGCCUCCUGCGGCAGCCGCAGCCUCAGAGGAUGAGUCGGAGGAGGACAUUGAGGAGAUGCAGUCUAGACUGGCAGCCUUAAGGAGCUAAGAUUGACCUUUUGACCUCUUUUUGUCCCCUUAAAGCCUUUUUGCCUUCCCAAGGAUGUACAAAGACAAUUUUGGUCUACUCUAGGGUUUACCUAGUUUCUUCUCAAAUACAUUUAGUCUCUUUCUUUCACAUUAUUAUUUUUGAUUAGCUUUGGGCUGAGAACUUUUCAAUGCUUAGGGCUAAAUAACAUAUCAGAUCUAUUCUUAUGAAAGUUGGCUUUUAUGACCUUACAUAUAAGCUGGGUAAGCCCAUAAAUCACCCAAAGUGUGGUGACUGUAUACCCAACGUUGCAAAGAUAUAUAUGAAUCCCAAGAUCGCUGAAAAUAAGAAAGGCUCAUGCGUAUCUAAAGUGCUGAGUGUGGUCUGAUUAUUUUGGGGAAGCUGAGGCUUCAUCCUGCAAUUGGUUGGAUUAACUACCCACUGUGCACACACAAGUUGAAUCAAUGUUGUUUCCACGU